UUGGAAGAAGAAGUCGAUUCAAGAAGCCAUUACGUUGCGCAGUUCAAUCAAGAAAAACUUACUAUUUUUACGUAUUCUACGCACUUUUUUACUUUUCCCAAGUCUUAUUUAAAACAUUAUGGCAUCGCAGGCAAAGAAGAGAAAAAUGAAUUUUUCGGAAAGAGAGGUUGAAAUAAUCGUGGAGGAGAUGGAAAAGCAAAAGCACAUUUUGGUUAACCACUUCAACGCUGGCGUUACUCACAUCACUAAAAAUAACGCCUGGAUGGAGAUACUGAAGCGCGUUAACGCGGUCACCAACUGCCAGCGCGAACUGGCGGAGGUGAAAAAGAAAUGGUCCGAUUUAAAGACGGAGGUCCGCCGGAAAGUGGCCCAGGCUCGGGCAGCGAUGGAAGGCACCGGCGACUGCACCACAGUCCCAGUCAUUCUCACUGCCAUGCAGCAGCGGAUCUGUAAUCUGCUGGGAGAAGCCACCAUCAUCAGCCUGCCUGCUGGGGAGGCUGGAGAGGCUACCGCAGAGAUUACGGUGCCUGUGCCUAUUAGCUCGGCUACCACGGUUACACUAACGCAAAGUAUUCAACCAGCACCUGGUGCAGCUUGUGAAAUAAAAACACUUGAAGCAGCUGAGACCACGUUCCACACGCUUGAGGAGGGCAUGGUGGAAUACUGCACCACAGAGACCCCCGUCACAGUCACCACAGAAGCUCCUGUGGAGAUGUUGGCUGCGCAGGCAGAAAGCUCAGUGAAGCCCCAGGAGCUGAAGAGCCGUAUCGCCCUCAACUCAGCCAAGCUGCUGCAGGAGCAGCGCGUCACCAACCUGCACGUCCGUGAGAUCGCCCAGCACCUGGAGAACCAGAACGACCUGCUCCAGAUGAUCCGCCGUUCACAGGAGGCUCAGGCCUGCGCCCAAGAGAGACAAGCCCAAGCCCUAGAGGGCACACAGGCAGCCCUGCUAGCACUCAUCCAAAUGUUCAGGCCUGCACUGAAGGACUUGAGGAAGUUCCUGCAAAACGCUAACAGUGCAGGCUCAGGGGCUGGCAUUGAGACUGGGGAGGGAGUGGGGAACAUGUCACAGCAAACUGAAGAUGGGCAAUAAUGGGACAUGUUAUCAGCUCAAAGAACAGUGAAUGGAGUGCGCUUGUGUUGAAGUAUGCUUGAUGUUGUAAGUUAUACUGGUCCUAAGAGGAUGCUGUAUGAUAUGCAAGUACAUAGUGCCUCAAACCCUUUGUGUUUGUCUGUGCUUAUGUGUGGAGAUGUGAGUGUUGAAAUGUAAUGACUUUAGUCAUUUGUGGCUUUUAUUAUAAUUUUACACAAGUGGCCAACAUACUUUUACUUGAAAUUCUGUACAGGUAAGCAUUCUGUAUUGCAUUAUUAUUUUUUAUUUGAAGCAUGAUAGUUUACUUUAGUCUACAUUGUGGUUAAAAACUCAGUUUCUUUUGUUGGACAGAAUAUGUUACAUCUAGUUCAAAAUGCCCUCUGAUACUACAAGGCACAUGUUCACAUGUUGAAAAAUAAGCUAAGAAAUAAAUUGGUGACGUAAAUUGUUCUUUUUUUAAGGCUUUAAAAACCUAACAUCCUAAGUAUUGUAUGCCUGGUUGCCAGAAGUGGGUGCUAUAGUUUAGUAUAAUUAGGACAUAAGGUUGUAUAAUUACAUGUACCCUCAUACAAAUAUCAUCAUAAAUCUUAAAUAUUUUCAAAUUAUAUUACUUUUACUCAUAUAUUUAUGAAGAAAUUAAUCAGCUGACUUUCCUUUUAGCCAUUCGGAUUGAGAAAUUCAUUUGCUGUGUUUAAUUCUGCUCUGUUGCCUGGAUAUAAUAAGAAUUUUGCUGUUUUUAUGCCACCUCAAGUUUUUUUUUUUUUUGUAGCUUGUUUUACUUUUACUUAAGUUGGUAUAAACAGAUGUAACAACAUGUUUACUUGAGUCUGGUUGAAACUACUCAACCCCUGUCCGGUGCUAGCCUAGCCUUUGUGGCAAAUACAGUAGGUACAAUUUUAAUGAAUUCUUAAGUUAAUUCAUACUUAAGUAAUUACUGAGUAUUUUUGAAUGGUAAUGUGUGAGGAAAAGAACUGUUAAAGUUCCUUUUUAGGUUUAAUUUCAUUGUAAUGUUGGUGAUGGCAUCUGUACCACUUUGCAGUUGGUCACACUUUUGACCGUUAAGGUUUAUUGUUUGAUUACACAUUGAAAGGACACCAAAAAGAGGAGGUUAGUGCCCAACAGACUUAAAUUCUUAUGUUGGUUGAGGCUGGAUGUUGGUUCCACUGCAUUAAGUACUUAAAGGGAAUUCCACUGAUUUUUUUUUUUUUAAAUGCCACUACAUAAUUAAAUCAUUAAGGUAAGAUGUAAGUCAUUCAGUGUGGUUUGAUAUGAAGUCACAAGCCAGAAUUUUUCACAAUGAUAGCAAAAGGAGCCAGAUGUGUGAAACUGCAGGAAAUUACAUAACAUGCUUAUGAAUGUGCUGCCUGAUGCCUGAACCGUUGUUUUAUGAUAGUUUUGAGAAAUAAUUUUGGCCUAAAAGUAUUUUUUAAUACAUUUA